AUGAACUCGCUGGGCGACCGGUUCCGCUGCGUUGUCGUUCUCCUCCGAGGCCAGGCGGGCGACGACGACGGCACCACCUCUGUAUACCGCGUCGCUACCAUCGUGCCGGCGAUGGGCGUCGCCCCGCUUGAAGAGGAAGUAGCGGCAAGCAUCAUUGCCUUUGCUGAGGCGCACGAAAUGAAAAUCGUCGAUUGGGGAAGUGAUGCCACGGCUCUUCUCACGGCAGCGCGUAGGGCGCCGCUGGCACAUAUCUCGCUGCUGCGCGCUGACGCUGCCACGUUUGCAGGCACACGGCAGCAACUGUUGGCGCAGCGGGACCCCACGCUUCUCCUGCUGGAGCUUGCCUGCGACAGGGCGGUGCCGUCUGCCACAGAGGUCUUAUCGCGUGACGAGUGGAGCUGGAUUCGGCCGCCGCCAAGUUGCUUUGCCGAACUCACGGAGAGUGAGCGAAGGACGGCCAUUUACAUUCCGGUGGCGAUGCGCUGCUCUGCUCCUCUCGUUCGUGCGACAGCCUCGCAGCUGCCUCUCUCGCUCUGGAGAGGCACCGCCGUCACGCUGAAGGGGGUGCUGCGGGAGGUGGGCUACAAGGUCGGUUGCCUGCCGAAGUAUGGGUCGUGA